AUGCUCAGUCUCGUCGGGCCCUCGCUGAGAGUGCUGCCGUUGUCCCUGGUGUGGGGGCUUGCUCGUCUUGCCCGCAGAGCCAACCUGGGCAUGACCGAGUUGGAAGAGAAGGACACGUUGUACCAGCGCCAGCGGAAACUCGCCGCCGCCAACGUCGUCAUCAAACUGCACGCCAACGGCCACUUGCAACCAGGGUCCACCCACUACAAAAAGCCCGUCCAUGAGCACUUGUGGAAGGGCAAGCCCAUCCGCGAGUUGACGGUGGCCAAACGCAAAACCGCCGGGAGAAACAACACUGGUAAGAUCACCGUGCGUGGUCGUGGGGGCGGUCACAAGCAGCGGGCGCGGUUGAUCGACUCCCACCGCUGGCAAGAAGGCAAGCACCACGUUGUUCGUAUCGAAUACGACCCCAACCGGACCGGUCACAUCGCCCUUCUUCGUAACGAAGUCACAAAUAACUUGUCGUACAUCUUAGCGCCUCAAGGGUUGCGUGAAGGCGAUGUCGUUGAAUCGUUCCGUCUGGGGCUUCCUGAGGAUUUCUUACAAGAAAUGGCCGCCACCAAUAACGGCGAAAUCGACGAUGCGUUGCUUAACGCUCGUAUCAUGCAAAGAGGCAACUGUUUGCCCCUCAAAAUGCUUCCCGUGGGGUCGAUCAUCCACAACAUCGCCCUUGACCCCCGUGGCCGGGGUUUGUUGGUGAAGCUGGCGGGUACCUUCGCCCGUCUUUUGUCUAAGCACCCCGAACAAAAGAAGGUGGUGGUCAAGUUGAGCUCGGGCGAAGUCCGUUACAUCCACCAGGACUGUCCUGCCACCUUGGGGGUGGUGUCGAACAAGGAACACCAAGCCGUCCAGUGGGGUAAGGCCGGGAGAUCGCGUCACCGUGGGUUCCGUCCUCAGACCCGUGGUGUGGCGAUGAACGCCAACGACCACCCGCACGGUGGUGGUAGAGGUAAGUCGAAGUCGAACAAGGUGUCCCAAUCGAUGUGGGGUCUCAAGAAGUUCGCCAAGACCAGAACCCACAAACAUGUCAAUAAGGAGAAGAUCAAGGAUAGACGCGAGGCCUAA